AUGAGUAAGAACAAAUGCUCCGUGGGACCAAUGUCCUCUGUGGUGGCCCCGGCUAAAGAGGCCAAUGCCAUGGGCCCCAGAGAGGUGGAGCUCAUCCUUGUCAAGGACCAGAAUGGAGUGCAGCUGACCAACUCCACCCUCAUCAACCCACCACAGACACCAGUGGAGGCUCAGGAGCGGGAGACCUGGAGCAAGAAAAUUGAUUUCCUGCUCUCGGUCAUCGGCUUCGCUGUGGACCUCGCCAAUGUCUGGCGGUUUCCCUACCUGUGCUACAAAAAUGGUGGAGGUGCCUUCCUGGUACCCUACCUGCUCUUCAUGGUUAUUGCUGGGAUGCCCCUCUUCUACAUGGAGCUGGCCCUUGGGCAGUUCAACAGAGAAGGAGCUGCUGGCGUCUGGAAGAUCUGCCCUAUCCUGAAAGGUGUGGGCUUCACGGUCAUCCUCAUUUCUUUCUACGUGGGCUUCUUCUACAACGUCAUCAUCGCGUGGGCUCUGCACUACUUCUUCUCCUCCUUCACCAUGGACCUCCCGUGGAUCCACUGCAACAACACCUGGAACAGCCCUAACUGCUCCGACGCCCACGCCAGCAACUCUAGCGAUGGCCUGGGCCUCAAUGACACCUUCGGGACCACGCCUGCUGCGGAGUACUUUGAGCGUGGUGUGCUGCACCUCCACCAGAGCAGUGGUAUUGAUGACCUGGGCCCUCCACGGUGGCAGCUUACAGCCUGUCUGGUGCUGGUCAUUGUCUUGCUCUACUUCAGCCUGUGGAAGGGAGUAAAGACCUCAGGAAAGGUGGUGUGGAUCACAGCUACCAUGCCUUACGUGGUCCUCACUGCCCUGCUACUGCGUGGAGUCACCCUCCCUGGAGCUCUGGAUGGCAUCAAAGCAUACCUCAGUGUGGAUUUUUACCGGCUCUGUGAGGCAUCUGUGUGGAUCGAUGCUGCCACCCAGGUGUGUUUCUCCCUGGGCAUUGGUUUUGGGGUGCUGAUUGCCUUCUCCAGUUACAAUAAGUUCACCAACAACUGCUAUAGAGAUGCAAUCAUCACCACAUCUAUUAACUCCCUGACAAGCUUCUCCUCUGGCUUCGUUGUCUUCUCCUUCCUGGGAUACAUGGCACAGAAGCACAAUGUGCCCAUCGGAGAUGUGGCCACAGAUGGACCUGGAUUGAUCUUCAUCAUCUACCCUGAAGCAAUCGCCACACUCCCGCUGUCCUCCGCCUGGGCUGCUGUCUUCUUCCUCAUGCUGCUCACUCUGGGCAUCGACAGUGCAAUGGGAGGCAUGGAGUCUGUGAUCACUGGGCUUGUUGAUGAGUUCCAGCUACUUCAUCGGCACCGAGAGCUCUUCACUCUUGGCAUUGUCCUGGCCACCUUCCUGCUGUCUCUCUUCUGCGUCACCAAUGGUGGCAUCUACGUCUUCACACUGCUGGACCAUUUUGCAGCUGGCACAUCCAUCCUCUUUGGGGUGCUCAUUGAAGCCAUUGGGGUGGCCUGGUUCUAUGGUGUCAAGCAAUUCAGCGACGACAUCAAGCAGAUGACAGGGCAGAGACCCAACCUGUACUGGCGGCUAUGCUGGAAGCUGGUCAGUCCCUGCUUCCUUCUGUAUGUGGUCGUGGUCAGUAUUGUGACCUUCAGACCCCCACACUAUGGAGACUACAUCUUCCCAGACUGGGCCAAUGCACUGGGCUGGAUCAUCGCUACAUCCUCAAUGGCUAUGGUGCCCAUUUAUGCCACCUAUAAGUUCUGCAGCCUGCCAGGGUCCUUCCGAGAGAAACUGGCCUAUGCCAUCACACCUGAGAAAGACCGCCAGCUAGUGGACAGAGGGGAGGUGCGCCAAUUCACGCUACGCCACUGGCUGUUGGUGUAA